GCAAAAUUCUGUAGAUGGCAAACAACAACACAAACAACCUCGCCCUGCGUUCCAUUCUGGAUAAAGAUAAAUUGAACGGAACAAACUUUGUUGACUGGCAACGCAAUCUCUCCAUUGUUCUCCGCAUGGAUGAGAAAGAGUAUGUGCUCGAAAAGCCCAUUCCUCCUGCCCCUCCCGCUAACGCCCCGAAAGUGGUUAAAGAUGCCUACGAGAACACGUUAAGGAUGAUAACCAGGUUAGCUGUGUCAUGCUGGCAACCAUGAUAACCGAGCUGCAAAAACAGCACGAGGACAUGAAGGCCCACGAGAUGAUCGUGGCCUUGCGGCAGCUAUACCAGGGGCAAUCCAGGCAUGAACGCUUUCUUGUGAGUAAGGAUCUCUUUAGUUGCAAGCUCUCUUCAGGGAACCCGGUCGGUCCACACGUUCUCAAAAUGAUUGGUUACAUAACCAAUCUGGAGAAACUCGGGUUCUCCUUGCAGAAGGAGCUGGCAACGGACCUGAUCCUGCAGUCGCUCCCUGAGCUGUAUAAGGGUUUUGUCAUGAACUACAUGAUGCAUGAUCUUGACAAACCGCUUCCGAAGCUUCUUAAAAUGCUCCAGACUGUAGAGGAGAACCUUACUAAGGGCAAGGGUGCUUCCGUCCUUAUGGUCCAAGGCGGAAAGGGGAAGCCGAAGAAAGGGAUUAAGAUUAAGGCUAGGACGGCCGGAAAGCCUAAAUCGAAGUCCACUUCAUCUGCAACCCAGAAACCCGUAGGAGGAGUUGCAAAGGGCAAUUGUCAUCAUUGUGAUACACAAGAACCCCGUAGGUCUAACCGGUUACGCACACAACCUGAAAGGUAUGGAUUCCUCCUAACCUUUGAGGGUGACGUAAUGCUUAUCGACCAGGAUGAGCCGGAGACCUACCUCGAGGCAAUCAGUUGUCCCGAGGCUGAGGAAUGGCGUCAAGCCAUGCAGUCCGAAAUGGAUUCCAUGUACACCAACCAAGUAUGGACUUUGGUUGAUGCACCCGAAGGGAUCAAACCCAUUGGAAAGAAUGUUUUCUAUGCUAAUGCCAACAUGACCAAUGGGUUAUAUGUCCUUGACUUGGACAUGCCUGUCUAUAACAUAUCAGCCAAGAGGAACAAACCGAACGGUUUGAACCAAACAUACCUAUGGCAUUGUAGGUUAGGCCAUAUAAACGAGAAACGCAUAUCCAAGCUACAUCGGUCGGGAAUGCUGGAGUCAUUUGAUCUUGAAUCAUAUGACACAUGCGAAUCUUGUUUAUUGGGUAAGAUGACCAAAUCUCCUUUCACCGGACACGGUGAAAGAGCUGGUGAUCUUCUGGCACUCAUUCAUAGUGAUGUGUGCGGGCCUUUCAAUACAACUGCACGAGAAUCAUUCUGGGGGUAUGCGCUGAGCACUGCAAUAUAUACUCUUAACCGAGUUCCAACCAAGGCGGUUGAAGGAACACCAUACCAGCUAUGGACUGGCAAAUGCCCGGUUCUGUCACACUUAAAGAUUUGGGGCUGUGAGGCUUAUGUCAAACGUCUUAUGACGAAUGGCAAGCUUGACGCCAAGUCUGAUAAGUGUUUCUUCGUGGGAUACCCAAAGGAAAUUCGAGGGUAUUCAUUCUAUCACCCUAUCGAUAAGAAGGUAUUCGUUGCUUGCAAUGGUGUCUUCCUCGAGAAGGAAUUUCUCUCCAACACAACUAGUGGGAGAAAGAUAGAGCUCGAAGAAAUUCGAGACGACGAAGAAACUACCGCGACGGUUCUGGAACAUGAGCUAGAGGAACAAACCGUUGUACCUCAAAAUGCUCAAGAUACACAAGAACCCCGUAGGUCUAACCGAUUACGCACACAACCUGAAAGGUAUGGAUUCCUCCUAACCUUUGAGGGUGACGUAAUGCUUAUCGACCAGGAUGAGCCGGAGACCUACCUCGAGGCAAUCAGUUGUCCUGAGGCUGAGGAAUGGCGUCAAGCCAUGCAGUCCGAAAUGGAUUCCAUGUACACCAACCAAGUCAGUGGGAGUGCUGUAGUCUUCCUUGCUCUGUAUGUUGAUGACAUACUGCUCAUAGGAAACGAUAUUCCUACUUUAACCACCGUCAAAACGUGGUUGAGUAAGAGUUUCUCUAUGAAGGACUUGGGAGAUGCCAGUUAUGCACUUGGCAUAAGGAUCUAUAGGGAUAGAUCACGGAAGCUGUUAGGUCUCAGUCAAAGAAACGAUAUUCCUACUUUAACCACCGUCAAAACGUGGUUGAGUAAGAGUUUCUCUAUGAAGGACUUGGGAGAUGCCAGUUAUGCACUUGGCAUAAGGAUCUAUAGGGAUAGAUCACGGAAGCUGUUAGGUCUCAGUCAAAGACAUUUCAAAAAGGAGUGCCCUACAAACCCUGGAGAACCAUUUCCAUCUGCUCAUGUUGCUAGCCAGUCUGCAUCUGCACGACCCGCACCGAAUCAACGCUCAACAGCAGGGUCCAAGCCGGCCAAGAAUCAGAACCAACAACAAGGACGAGCUCCUGCUCGUACAUAUGCAAUGAAAGCACGAACUGAGGAAAACCCUGACGUCAUUCAGGAGACAAGUAAGGAUUUCUCAAAGCAGAUGAAAAUCCUCCAAUCCGGAAGACUACAUGAUAGCCGGAUGUCUCGCUACAACCCGCUGAAGGCUAAGUCAUCUGAGUCGGAAGACUAGCACGGAUCUCUUUCUCACCCGGAAGACUGAGAAUGACUUUUCCGGAUUUGUUAGCUAAGAACCGGAUGCCUCAAGAAAGACCGGAAUUCUAAAAAAGCGGACAAGUGAGAAAAGACUUAGAAAAUUGUCUAAGUCUUGAAUGAAGAAAUUCUACCCGUUGGU